CCUUGGCGAAUCCUUCUUUAUAUCUGCUUCUCAAAUCCGCUGGCACGAAGUUGUUAGCCUAGUAUACGCACGAUGCAGUGGCUGAUGAACCUUUUGAAGUCGCUCUACUCCUUGGAAACCCUUGAUACUCGUUUUACAAGAUCGACCACAGAGUCUCCGAGCUCUGCCAGAGACGCUCUAAAGCUAGAGUACCGUCCACCCUUACCCGACACGAAGUCGUCCAAAUGGAGGACAAUCGAGUACUAUAUCUAUUAUCUUGUCUUCGCCGUCGUUAUUCCGACAAUGGUGAAGCAGGUCUAUGAUAUAUCGAAUCUGGGAAGUCCUGACUGGGACUCUUUUUCGAAGAGAUUGUCUCGAGGCUGGAUCCCUGUCAUACUGGAACAUCGCACCUUGUUUGAUGUUGGCUUCGGGGUUAUCUUUCUCAUUGCGCUGCACGGCGUUUCGGCGGCGAAAGUUGUUCUGAUCUUCUAUGCCAACUUCAAGAUUGCGACACGGCUUCCCAGAAGCUACGUGCCUGUCGCCACCUGGGUCUUCAAUCUUGGUACUCUGUUCGCGAACGAGUUUUGCCGCGGAUACCCCUUGGCCAAGCAUGUAGAUGCAUUUAGCGAACGCGAUCGAGUCUCACAUGGCGCCGCAUUACGCGACUUUAACCUCAAAACGUACCUUGCCUAUACGCUCUACUCACCUCUUUACCUCGCGGGACCAAUUUUGAGCUUCAACGACUUUGUCUUUCAAUCGCGCAAUUGCCUACCGACCACAACCACGGCCAGGACCUCUCUGUACGGCUUACGCUUUCUUCUUGCUCUGCUCUGUAUGGAAGUGGUUCUGCAUUACUCUUACGCAGUGGCGAUCAUCAAGAGCUCACCUUCAUGGGCACAGUAUACCCCCUUCCAGCUCGCCAUGCUUGGAAAUUUCAACCUACACGCCGUCUGGCUGAAACUGCUUAUCCCGUGGCGGUUCUUCCGACUGUGGGCCUUGGUCGACGGACUGGACGCGCCGGAGAACAUGGUCAGAUGUAUGUCUGACAAUUACUCGACACUGGCAUUUUGGCGAGGCUGGCAUCGAAGCCUGAACAGGUGGGUUGUUCGGUACAUCUACGUUCCUCUUGGCGGGAACGGAGAGGGGAGUAAAGUGAAAACCAUGGUGAAUAUUCUGGCAGUGUUCACCUUCAUUGCUCUGUGGCAUGACAUCAAUCUGCGGCUGUUGGCGUGGGGUUGGCUUGCCACCUUGUUCAUCCUGCCAGAGGUGAUUGCUAUGAUUCUCUUCCCGAAACGCAAGUGGAGGGACUGGCCUGAGACGUUCAGGAUUCUUUGUGGUAUCGGGGCAGUGGGGAACAUCCUCAUGAUGAUGGCGGCAAGUCUCGUAGGUUUCGUAAUGGGGGUCGACGAAGUCAAGGAGAUGGUCAAGGCCAUCUUCGCAGGCUGGUCUAGUGCCGGCUUCGUUACGGCGGCGGUGACCUGUCUUUUUGUGAGCGCGCAGAUUAUGUUUGAGCAUAGGGAGGGGGAGAAGAGGCAGGGGAUUAAUCUGAAAUGUUAGUAGAGCAGACAAGACUCUAAGUAG